AGGCUGAGCAGGAUAUCUGCGUACGAACAGCUGUGGGACUCCACCAGGCAGAAGGGCCGGGGGAAAGCUGGGUGGCCAGCAGCGAAGACCCCCUGCAGCUUCUCUUCGCUGGGAAGGAGGUCCAGGACAGCUUCCUGACUAUCGAUGAUGUCUUCCACUUGGAUGCAGGACAGGAGAAGGUCCUGGAGUUGGCAAGACCACAGCUGGCCCUGGUUCCCCUUGGCUACAGCAUGUCCCUUCUGCUGUGGGACCCCCAUGGCCCUGGGACCCAGCUACCCUUCCAGAGCAUCAUCUGGCAGGUGAUUGACACCAUCUUCCAAGAACUGGAGGCUUUGGGGGGCGAUGCGCAGAGCCUGCAAACGGUCAGCCUGGUCCAGGUAGGGUAGGAGCAGGGCUGGCCACGAUGCCCUGGGGUGGGGGCUCCCCUUCCCUCUCUGCAACUGGCCAGACCCUGCUGUGCCAAGGGGCAUAUGUUGCCCCAGUACUGGAAUCCAGUCCCCUAUGCUGGAGGGUGACUGGGGGCUGGAGACCUUUGGAUCCCAGGUUUUCUCACCUCUUCGCAGGACUUCCCAGGCAUGGGAAGCCUUGGCUGCCCACAGGGUGUCUCCCAGGCUCCAGCAGCAUGGUGGGAACAGAGGAGCCCUCUAACACCUUCCUGCCCACCUCAUGGCUGGGCUUUUUCUGCCAGCCACUGCUCCCUGUGGCCUGAAGGUCCCUCUGGUGUGUCCUUGGUUGGCACAAGAGCGAUGCCAGCUCCUGCCACUGGGCUGGGCCCUGCCCUUUGGCUCCGGGAUGCUGCCAGGGACUUGCCAAUCUCCACACAGGACUUGGACGUUCCCAGGACUCUGCCUUUCCCUGGCCCUGGGGCUGAAAAACCUGGGAGUGACCCUGAGACCUCUCCCUUCUCAGCCUUACCUGUGCCUGGCCACGAACAGCCUGCGUCCCCAGUGAGUGUGGGAUGCCAGCAGCCCCCUCUUCCUGCCCCUCUGCCUAACGCAGCCCCAUUCCAGGUCUGCGCCCAUGACAAAGCCUGGGACCUGCUCCGUCCUAACGGCCGAGCCCUGCAAGUGAUGGAUGUUGCACCCCUGGGCCUGAUUGUGGAGGAGGCAACAGAAAUUGCCGUGCCUGAUGCCCAAGCCGCCAUCAGCGUCUACACGUGGGGGCUGGGUGCCAUCCCGGCACUGUUCCAGGGGUGUGCACAGCAGCCCCCCGCAGACGGGUGCUCAGCCACGCAGGGUGCCGGCAGCCUCUUCACUCUCAUCGUGGAGCGGGAGCUGGAGGGCGGCAGGCACCAGCGCUCGGCCCUCAGGAUCCUGGCACCCGGUGGGGCCAUUGGGCCCUGCCCCAAGCCGGCACUGGCUGCCAGCCACCCCCCACCUGACACUGGCUGCUUGCCCUGGAUCGUCGAGCGGAUGCUGGAGGGGAACAGCCUGACGUUCCUGCUGCUGUGUGUCACGCUGCCAGGUAGCCCCUCGGACUGGGACGCCGCUUUGGGGUGCCCCCUCCCUGAAGUUUCCCCCCAUCCCGCCCCACACCUGGCACUUGGUGCCUGGGCGCUGCCCGGGGAUACCCGCAGUUGUCGGAAGCUGGACACCAGCUUUACUCAUCCCCAUCAGCCCCAACCCCAGGCCAGGCACUGGGACGUCCCUGUGUUGGUGGACCCCCAUGGCCCCUGCCCAGGGCUUGCUGCUCUCCCAGACACCUCCAGAGAAGAGAUUCUGGCGGCCCUGCAGCUGGCCAAGCGGGUGAAGGGGCUGGCCAAGACGAUCUCAGCCACAUUCUGGGACCCUGUGCAAGAGGUCGCGGCAUGUCGGAGGGAGAUCCGAGGGCUGCGGAUGGAGCUGCUGGCUGGAGCUGGCCUCCCUGAGCAGAAGAUGGCUGUGGCCCAGCUGCGGAGAGCCCUGCGGGAGCUGCAGGUGCUGAAGAGCCAAGGGUGGGAGAAGCAGCAGGCAGCGGCCGAGGUGCUCAGGACAAGCCAGAUGCAUCAGCCCAGUGACAAGGACCGGGUCUCCACAGGAAAUACAGCACUGGGCCAGCAGCCUGGGACCCAGACGCCCCCGACCAGUGCCAGCCUGGAGCCAGCAGGUCGGGAGCGUGGGGACAGGCACACACCCCAUGCCUGGGUGGCUGACAUGUGGGCACGGAGCGUCACUUUACAUGGACCGGGUGUCAGUGUGAGCAGCCGGGGAGGGGAGAGCCAAGCCCCGGCGAGCGCAGGGCAGGGUCCGCCGGAGGAGUCCUCACCGAGCGAAGCACCACAGCCGUGGCCAAUGACCAGGGGUGACACAGUGAGUGGGAACCCACUGGGUCCCUGCCUGCUGCUCCUGGGAAGGAGCAGUGCCCAGGGCCUGCAGCCCUCUGCACCAGCAGCACUGGGUCCCCCAGAUGCUGUCCAAGCCUGCUCUGCCCUCUGCCAGGCAGGGAGCUGGCGCCAGCCGUGCCCGUCCCUGGAGGUCCAGUACGCCCUGGCCAAGGCGCAGAGGCAGCGGCUGCGAGCUCAGCACUGCCUGCUCCUCCAGCGAGAGCUUGGGGAUGGGGCAGUGCCAGGCCAGGAGGCGAGCAGAGAGUGGGAUGCAGUUCGCUGGCAAAAGGAGGUGGCCACGCUGGGCCUGAGCCUGGAGGCAGCACGGAGGGAGCGGGAGGCAGCCGAGUGGGACCUGGAGGCCUUGCUGCAGAGCCACCGGCAGGAGAUGCAGGCCUGCAGGGAGCACCUGCUGCAGGUGCUUCAGGACCAGCAGCGCCUGGCAGAGGAGCAGAGGGAAGCCCUGGACCAUAGGCACCGGGUGCUGCUGCAGGAGGUGCUCUGGGACGCCGUGGAGCUUGCCGCGCACAAUCAGCGGUUGCGGGACACCAGAUGGCUGGGCUCGGCCGAUGCCGCCACACAGACACCCUGAGCCAGCAUCCCAGGGUGGUGGGGACAGCUGCCCUGGCAGGCAGGCAGGACGGGGUCCCUGCAGACCCCUGCCACCUCAACCCCCCCUCCCUGGAGCGAGCCACCAGCCCUGAUGCCAGGCGACUGGCCGGCCCCAGCUACAGCCGUUCCACAGGGCAAGGCCUCCUGUCCUGCCUGCCGAGAGCUGCUCCCUGAAGAAACCUGGCCCCAGGGAGGGUGCUUCCUGGCAGAAGCAGGGGAGCGCUUCACCCCUCUGCCCCCAAGGGAAAAACCCUGCUCUGCUGCUGGGCACCUGCCUGCAGGAGCGUGGGCUCAGGCACAGCCCUGCAACAGGAGCAGAGUGGGCACGGUGAGAAGGCUGGUGGCUCCCCAGCUGCUGCCAUGUGGAAUAA